UACACAGGAAACACCUAUUUGGUGUGCAAAGUUCAGAAACAGGCCCUUUCUGAGAACAGAAAAACGAAACUAAAUUCCUCUCUUCACUGCAGAAGCAGCCAUGGCUGCUGCGAAUCCAGCAAAAAUACUUCUAGGUGAACUGACUUGUUCACUGUGUCUAGAUUAUUUUAAAGAUCCUGUGUUUCUAAAUUGUGGGCACAAUUUCUGCCAGGUCUGCAUCACUCAGUGCUGGGAGGCAUUGAGUACAAACUUCCACUGUCCUGAGUGCAGAGAAACCUUCUCCCAGAGAAACUUCAAACCAAACAGACAGCUAAGGAAUAUUGUAGAAGCUUCUAGAACGUUUACACUGGAGCCAACAAAAGAACCAGAAGUUGGGACAGUGUGUGAAAAACACAAUGAGGAUUUAAAAGUCAUCUGCCAAAAGGAUCAAAUACCCAUUUGUUUGGGUUGCCACCUGUCCCAAGAUCACAGAGAGCAUGCUGCGGUUCCCAUAGAGGAGGCUGCUGAGGAUUACAAGGACCAAAUUCAGAGCCGUUUGGAGAUUUUGAAGAAAGAGAGAGAAAAGAUUCUGUCAUUUAAAUUGAACGAGGAAAGUAAAAGCCAGGAACUGCUGAAACAGCUACAAACUGAGAGGCAGAAGAUUGUGUCUGAAGUUCAGCAACUGCACCAGUUAUUGAAGGAACAAGAGCAACUCCUCCUGGCCCAGCUGGAAGAGCUGAAUAAGGAAAUUGAAAAGACGAGGGCUGAGUAUGUUGCCAAACUAUCUGAGGAAAUAUCUUCUUUCAGUCACCUGAUCAGUGAGAUGGAGCAGAAGUGCCAGCUGCCAGCAAGUGAAUUCCUGCAGGACAUCAAAGGCACCUUGAGCAGAUGUGAGAGGAAGAAAUUUCAGAACCCAGUGGCCUUUUCUUCAGAACUGAAAUGGAGAAUCUGGGAAUCUUCUCAAAGAAAUUCAUCUCUGGAGACCAUAAUGAAGAAAUUCAAAGAUUCACUGUCAUCUAGACAGCGGUUGGACAAAGCCAACGUGACUCUGGAUCCAGACACGGCCCAUCCCCAACUCACCGUAUCUGAGGAUCGGAAAAGUGUGAGAAGGGGACGCACAUGGCAGGAUCUGCCCCACAACCCUGAGAGAUUUGACACUGAGCUCUGUGUGCUGGGCUGUGAGGGAUUCACCUCGGGCUGACAUUACUGGGAGGUGGAGGAGGAGGGGAGGGGAGUCUGGGCUGGGCGGGUGGCCAGAGAGUAUGUGGGCAGGAAGGGAUGGAUCAGCUUUACCCCUGAGCGGGGGAUCUGGGCUGUGCAGGGCAGUGAGGAUCAGUACUGGGCUCUCACGUCCCCUGUGCAGAUCAUCCCCUUCUCCCCGAGCCAGGCACCCCCCAGGAUCCGGGUUUAUCUGGACUAUGAAGGGGGGCAGGUGACGUUUUUUGAUUCUGGUUGCGGAGAUCCGAUCGUCACUUUCCCGCCGGCCUCUUUCGCCGGGGAGAGAAUCCGCCCGUUCUUCUGGGUGGACUCGAGGGAAACUCUUUUUCUUUUCUGAUCCGUUCGCUGGCCGACGCUGCCGACUCACACUGUGUCCCUGAGCUUCCCUGUCUGUCCCCACAAAACAGGCUCCUCUAGCCCCCUCCCUUCUGAUCUCUAUGACCCGGAAGACUCUGUAAAUGGACCUGAGAGGGAAAUUUGUCUGUUAAAACUUUCUGGAAAGCACUGGUUUGCUGGGUGAGGUGUAUUUUGAGACAGAAACAAAAGGUUGGUUUCCAUAUGAAUUUUACCAAAAGUGAUUUAAAAUGAACAGAGCCCUGAAAGCCCAAUCAGUUCUCUUGUGCCCGCUGCCCAAUAUAGGAUGUAAGGGCAAAAACAGAUGAGAAAUAUAGUGUUGAUGACAAAUAUAUGAAUGAUGCUGAAUUCCAUCAUGCACGACAUUUCCUGCUAGAUCCUCUCUUCCACCCCAUUAUAUCGCCAAGUAAAUAAUCUAACUGUAAGGGUGGGAAUGACUCUGGCAAUACCAGGAACAUGAAAUAAAAAUGAACGGAUCAUAUGGAAAACCCCCUUGAGAUGGAGUUCAAACUAAAAUGUCCAGCAUCUGUCACAUCCGAGUUGUUUUCAUGAGGUGCAAACUGUGUAUAAAAAUUACCAUAUGUGUUCUUCAUGUAACUCAUUUUUCUUUUAGAAAUCUCCUUGAUUUUGCUAUCAGCAAUUUAUUGUAUCUGACUUUCCUCCCAAAGUGGUCUUUCUAAACUGUGGAUAAAUGCAUAUUUGGAUGGUGUAGGCUCAUAUUAUUAAAUUUGCUGACAAUAGA